AUGUUUUCCCCCGUAUCUACUCCCAAUUCCCUCCGCCUCCGACUACCGCCGCGACAAGCACUUCACUCCACCACCGGCACUCUACCGUCUCCAACUUCUCCUAGCAUCCGAUCACCUCGCACUUCACCUCCAUCCGCCACCCUUUACGCCACCGCCGAGACCCUCUACGUUGCAACCUCUCCGACGGCCGUCAUUUCUCCUCCGUCGCUCUACGAAAUUCUGGGCAUCUCCAUGGGAGCCACCGAAAGUGAAAUCAAAACAGCGUACAGGCGGCUAGCGAGGACUUCACAUCCGGAUGUGAAGGACUCGUCUGGAGAGGAGUUCAUGAAGAUCAACGCCGCCUACUCCACCCUCUCAGAUCCCGAUAAACGGGCGGAUUAUGACCGGAGAUUGUUCCGAACGCAGCGAUCCCGAUCAUUCUCCAGUGUUACUCCGGCGGCUUCGUACUACGGAUUUAAUGGUUAUAGUGGCCGGAAUUGGGAAACAGAUCAGUGCUGGUAG